GUUGUGCAUUCGUUCCCUGGCGAUCGGUUGCUAACCACCGGGCGAUCUCACGGAUUGUGCCAUGAUUUUUUCAGCGCGGGAUUCACCUUGGUUUCUUCUUCCAUAGGAUAUCUAAUGUCCCUUUUCGAACCGCUUGUCCUGCCAGUAAGACUUCCGUUCCCACCCACAAAAAACAGGUAGCUGCUGGACGUGAAGCCCAAUGUCGUCUCCAUUUCCCACACCUCUACCAAAGCGACAAGUUGCCGUCUUAUGGUUUCUUCAAUUAUCAGAGCCCGUGGCAAAUUCGGUUAUUUAUCCAUUCGUGAAUGAGCUCGUAAAGUCACUUCCAAUUACUGGAGGGGAUCCCAAGAGAGUCGGCUACUACGUGGGGAUAAUUGAAUCAAGCUUCUUCUUCGUCGAAUGCCUGUGUGUCCUGCACUGGGGACGACUCUCGGAUAUUGUUGGCCGGAAACCCGUUAUUCUUGUUGGUCUUUGUGGAUUUUGGCUUCUCCAAGCCUUCGCAAUGCUCGUCUUCAGCCGAUGUCUCGCUGGCCUGACGAACGGGAAUAUUGGAGUUAUCAAGAGCGCUAUCGGAGAGAUUUCGGACUCCACGAACGUUGCGCUUGCUUUCAAAUACAUGCCUCUUUGUUGGCCGCUUGGGGAAACAAUAGGCCCCCUUAUCGGAGGGUAUCUGUCGAAUCCAGCCAACAGAUACCCAGGUACGUUUGACACUGCUUUUUGGCUCGCAAAUCCGUAUCUGUUGCCUUGCAUCGUGGCUGCUAUAUUCCCUGCCAUCGGUGCGGUUAUAACAGCCAUGUUUUUCCAGGAGACGCAUCCCAAUCCGCACACAAUCAAGGCAUUGUACCGCAGCCGCAGAGCUGUGUCCGAUCCUGAAUCCCGUCCGUUACUCCCCCACUCCGAGUCGUUCCAUGUCCAUCAAUCAUUUCGUUCCGUCUUUACUCCGCGGGUGCUUAUUACGGUCGUGAAUUAUUGCAUGCUUGCCCUUGUCAAUAUCGGUUAUUCCGUCUUGCAACCUCUUUUCCUCUCCACGCCGAUUGAGCUUGGUGGUCUUGGUCUGGGCCCGGACGCUAUUGGGAAGAUUCUUGGUGCUCAGGGUAUAGGUUCUGCACUGGUAUUGCUGUUACUGUCAUCGAAGCUUCAAGGCAAGUUUGGAGUGAAGAGGACGUUUUCACUGGCCAUGGUAUCCUUUCUUAUCAACUUCGCGUGCUUCCCUGUGAUCAAUUCUGUCGCAAGAUUAGCACAGGAACAGCCUGAGGUACGAUGGAUGGUAUGGGCUGUUGUUGCGCUUCAGAUUACUUGUUUCACGGUGGUGACUAUUGCAUAUGGUUGUAUAUUUGUCAUGAUCACGAAUGCCGCGCCAUCGAAAUCGCUUCUAGGAUGCACAAAUGGAUUAGCUCAAACGGCUGCUUCACUGAUGCGCGCAAUCGGCCCAGCUGGUGCGACGGCGCUUUUUGCCGUUUCCGUUGACAAAACUCUACUAUUGGAGGAUGGCCCAGUCAGUAUCCACAGAUGAGGUAGCAAUGUGUCCUUGUCUCUAUUCGGCGCCAUAGAGCUAAAAGCCCACUGCUCCG